AUGUCAUCCAGCCAACCGUCCACCAACGGCGCAGCGGCCCCAUCGGCCAACGGCUCGCAGACAGUCCCCAACACGCAGCAAUCACAGCCACCGGCACAGGCGCAGACCCCGACGCCGCAGACUGCCGGCCCCUCAUCCUCGUCAUCAACAUCAGGCACGCGCCCUCGCGAUGCCCGGCUAGUCGAGCUCCUCCUCGUGUCGCAGGGCGUGACGGCGUAUGAGCAGCGUGUGCCCCUCCUCCUCCUCGACUUUGCCUACCAGCACACAUCGUCCAUCCUCAGCGACGCCAUCCACCUCACGGGCGACCCGUACAUCACGCAGGCCGGGUCCAAGUCAUCGGGCGCCGCGGGCGCCGCCGCGGGCGCACAGUCCGACGUCUCGGUCAGCGCCAACGCCGUCAAGCUGGCCAUCGGCGCCCGUCUGGCCUACCAGUUCCGCGGGGGCAGCGCUGGCGGCGGCAUUAGCAAGGAGUACAUGCAGGAGCUGGCGCGCGAGCGCAACAAGGUGGCCCUGCCGAGGAUCGUGCCCAACGAGUGGGGCGUCCGCCUACCCAGCGAGCGCUUCGUCCUCAGCGGCACGAGCUGGGGCCUCAAGGACACGUGGGAUGAGGAGGACGGCAGCAGCGAGAGCGGCGGCGGCGGUGACGCCAUGGAGGGCAUCGAGGCGCCCGACCCCAAGGAGGAUGAGGGCGGUGACCCCGUCGAGGGAGGCACCAUGGACGAUGUCUUUGGUGAGGAUGUCGAUGAGGAGAUGGCCGAGGACGCGUAG